GUUUCACCAAUUGUUAUGUUAAUGUUAUUGGCAUAUAUUUUUUAAUAAUUUCAAUAUUAACGUGAAUUAGGCGAGUGAGCUCUACAAUGACCACUCUAAAUCUCAUUGCCUAUGCCAAUCAUCCCUUACUCUCUAAUCAUUCUCAAACCCCUUAUUUCCUACUCAAAACCACCUCAUAUCACCGGCGCCGGCGCCGACUAACACCAGUUUUGGCUACAGGAGGAUUUUCGCUCAACUCCAUACUGAAGCGAUGUGAUACGUGUAGUGGCAAAGGUGCCAUUGAGUGUCCUGGAUGCAAGGGAACGGGGAAAAAUAAAAAGAAUGGGAACAUAUUCGAGCGCUGGAAAUGUUUCGAUUGUCAAGGAUUUGGAUUGAAGAGCUGUCCCAAAUGCGGCAAAGGAGGGCUAACACCAGAACAAAGAGGAGAAAGAUGAUGAGAUAUAUUAUUCAAUCAUAUGAUAUUAAAUACUUAUACUAGUACUAAUAAAAAGGCUAUAAUUUGUACUUUUUUCUUUCUAUAAUACACAUUUCAUAUUAAAAACCAUACUAUUUUUGUUACUUUCUUGUUUACUUCCGUAUUUUUAAUUUUCUAUUCUUUUACUUAAAACCAAAAA